AUGCCAUUUCCGCUGAUUGUUCUUGCGCUUUUAUGCGAGAUUGUUAAUGGAGCCGAUGAGAAUAUAAAAGUUUGUUUUAUCUCUGUACCAACUGCGCAAAAUAAUGUUGCUGUAGUGCGGCCUUCGGUGCCUGUCGAGUACUGCCAAGAUCGUGAUGCGGCAGCAUGCUUCGAAAUAUUCAAGCCGACGGGAAACGAUGUACUCGCGAAUAAUCGUAUGCCGUGA